AUGUGGUGGGAGUAUGGAGGGGCGGAGAUGGCUUCGUCCGUCUCUGCGCGCGCUGCAUUCGACAGUAGCCGCGAUGGCGGGGACUCGAGAGAGAACCGCCGCUCAUUGACAGAAUUUAUUGGUUUAGACUCCUCUCAGUACUCAGAGCCUGCCGCCGCACCUAAACAAGAACAUCAGCGUCCUAAUGAGGUUGGUGGCAGCACUUCUGCUGAACGCGACUGGCGCUGGGAAGAAUGGGAGGCGCCCGGUAGCCCCGAGGCAGCCCAGACUCCGCAUUCCCUUGUACCAUCAACAUGCUUUCCGCCCAGGCAUCCCGCCACGUUCGCUAGUUACAGCGAGAGUGCUCGCCCCGGGAGUUUGGGGGACGACACGUCCGGACAGAUGACCGACCUUGUGGCCUCUUUGAAGAGUCUUGUGAUGGCGCCGCCUCCUUCCACCAGUGGUAGCCUGUAUACGAGUACAGAGCGCCAUAGCUACGAAAGCGCAGAUAAAAUGGUGGAGCCAUGGUCGCCGGAACAAGCUUCCACCUCUCAUGACGCCAACAACAAGCUACCUCGUGGAGCUUUCUUUUGCGGGGUGGUGCAGCGUGGUGCGGAUGACCGGACGAUGCGCUGGUGCGGCGUGCUGCCGGCGCGCGGGCCGCCACCUGGCGCAGAGGCCACGGCCGCCUUCUCCCCCAAGGUCUUCCUGGGCGGCCUGCCCUGGGACAUCACCGAGGAAGCACUCAUGCACUCGCUCCGCCACUUCUAUCCGAUUCGUGUGGAGUGGCCGGGGCGCGAGGGGGGUGGCGCGGGGGAGGGCAGCGCGCCGCGCGGCUUCGCGUACGUGACGUUCGAGAGCGAGCGCCGCGUGCGCGCGCUGCUGGCCGCCGCGCGCCGCGACCGUUAUGACUGGUACUACCGCAUCGCCUCGCACAACAUGCGCACCAAGGAGACGGAUGGGCUCAGGCGCGCGCGCGUGCAGGUGCAGGUGAUCCCGUGGGCGCUGGGCGACGCGUGCUGGGCGCGGGCGGCGUCGCGGCUGGAGCCGGCGCGCACGGUGUUCGUGGGCGCGCUGCACGGCAUGCUCAGCGCCUUCGGGCUCGCGCUCAUCAUGAACGACCUCUUCGACGGCGUCGUCUACGCAGGCAUCGACACCGACAAGAAUAAAUACCCGAUAGGCUCCGGUCGCGUGACAUUCAACAACCUGCACUCGUACAUGACGGCCGUCUCCGCGGCGUACGUCGAGAUAUGUACCGACAAGUUUACAAAAACGAUUCAAAUAGAUCCGUAUCUUGAGGACUCGAUGUGCUCGCUAUGCAAUUUGCAGCAGGGUCCUUACUUCUGUCGUGAGCCGGUAUGCUUCAGAUACUUCUGUCGGUCGUGCUGGGCGUGGCAGCACCGCAGCGUGAGCCACAAGCAGCUGAUGCGCAACUCAAAGAGCGCGGCCGGCGGCCCGCCUUCCACGCAGCGCCACUCGCCGCCCGCCCCCGCCCCCGCCGCUCCACGCCACUCCCCCCGCACUCCCUCCGGGCAGCGCUCGGAGCGCUCGGAGCGCUCGCAGCGCCGCCACUCGUCGGACCCAGCUUGCUACAACGGCGGCAGCAAUGGCAAUGGCAGACCCAGUGAAGGAACUCCUUCGUCGGGAUCAAGCGGCACCAGCGAACUAGAAUCAAGUACCGCCGGCGAGGUGGCCGCUGAACCCUGGGUCUUACGUUGA